AUGUCAAAGCAAAAAUACCAAGUGACAUCAGAGGAAAAACAACCACCACCACCACAACAACAUCAAACGCACUCAUCGCAAAAGAAAACCCAAUCUGCCCUUAAGCCUCUCCCAGAAGAUAAAAUUGGAGAUUUUAAGGACCUCUGUGACCUUGAAGAUGAAGAGGAAAGUAUUUACGAGGUUCCUCUACCCCCGGACGGUGGGUGGGGUUGGGUUAUUAUGAUUGCCUCAUUUUUCACCAACAUGAUAGUCGACGGCGUCUGCUAUACUUUUGGUAUUGUCUUCAUGGGCCUGAUGGAAACCUUUGAAGCUGGGGAAACGAUUACCGCUCUCGUUGGGUCACUCGUUCCCGGAGUCUAUCUAAUCGUUGGACCGAUAGUUAGCGUCCUUAUGACAAAGUUUGGUUGUAGACUGGUUGCCAUCGUAGGCAGCUUCAUUGCAUCCAUAUUCUUCUUUGUCAGUGCGUUCUCCACCAGUAUCUACAUGAUGCUCGUCUGCUAUGGAAUCAUGGGAGGCGUGGGAUUUGGCCUGAUGUAUCUGCCCUCCAUAGUGAUGGUGGGGUACUAUUUCGAUAAGAAGCGUGCCCUGGCGACCGGGAUCGCCGUCUGCGGAUCCGGAAUCGGCACAUUCCUGUUUGCCCCCAUCGGGUCGUUCUUGGUUGAGACGUACGGUUGGCGCGGCUGCAACAUCAUCAUGUCGGCGGUCAUUUUGAAUGGGGUGGCCUUUGGCGCUUGCUACAGACCACUGGUUGGUGAGAAGAGGAAGAAAGAGAGGGUGCGUAGCGGGUCUGCCACGCCGUCGGGGGUCAAGUACGAAACUGGUGACGUCAGCAAUCGGCUUCAGAUUUAUAAGGGCAAAAGGGAUAGAACAAUUUCAGAGCGGUCGACAUCAGACGGCGCUGUCAUAACUGUGGAGAACGAGGUCCUAAAUGAAGCCGGGGACAACGUGACAGCUGUCAAUCUCACUUCGACCACGCCCACCGCUAAAACUUACACUGGCUCUACCAAUAAGAUAACAAGCAGUAGAAUGUCGUUGCAUCAUUCUCGAGUCAGUCUGAAGAGUCAUCAAGAGAGGCAGGCUGACGUGGAAAACCCCAUGCUAAGAAAGGACGCUCUCCUGAUUGGAAGCCACAGAAAUCUCGAUGAAUACAAAAAUGUGGAUGGUGACGUUGAAGAUUUCACAAAGGAGAUGGUCAUGAAGGAUGCUAUCCCGCUCACCAAAGGACAGCAGAUAAAGAAGUUUUUGCUGACUAUGUUUGACUUUAGUUUGCUAAAAUGCGUCACAUUCAUGUUACUCGCAUUCUCUGGUGUCUUUGUCUUUACUGGCCUGUACACGCCAUUCGUUUUUGUGGCCCAGAAGGCAAUCAAUGAAUUGGGUGUCACGGAGUCAAAAGCCAACCUAAUCCUCUCUGUCCUCGGUGUUUCUCGUAUUGUUACUGGUUUCGUCUCGGAUUUGAAAAGCGUUGACGUCAUCGUCGUUCAGAACGUGGCGGCCAUCUUGGCGGGAAUUUCCACCUGCCUGUUGUGUGUCCUCAAUUCCUAUUGGCUGCUGUGCAUCUACGCGGCUUUCUUCGGUAUUACCAUAGCUGCCUACAUAGCGCUACGUUCGAUCGUGAUGGUGGAGAUGUUGGGCUUGAGCAAGCUGAACAACGCGUUCGGACUCACUGCCCUCUUCCAGGGCGUGGCCGUCCUCAUUGGCAGUCCCAUGUCCGGCGCUCUCUACAAUUCAACUGGAAGCUACACAGCCUCAUUCGUCGUCUGCGGGAUCCUGAUCAGCUUGGGAGGUGUCAUUUGCAUCCCGGUUAGGCGGAUAGCGAAAUGGGAAAAUCCGAAAAACGAACCGAAACUAGAAAGGUCGAUUGGCGGGAAUACUCCGGCUGGAAAUACACCGACUUCCGAAAAUAAUCAGCUGAUUAAGGAUAAAAGAGAUGACUCUGGAGUCGUUUGAUUGGUUGGAUGAUUGUUUGGUUGAUUAAUUGAUUGAUUGAGUGAGGGAAUGAGUGAGUAAGUGAGUGAGUGAGUGAGUGUGCACGUUCUCGGACAGGCUGGUUGGUCUUCAAAUUCUCUCAAAAAAAAUUUAUGGAGGGUUAAAAUACAUGUCUGUGCGAAGCGUUCAACAUGGAUAAAAGUUGAACCCGGAUAUGAUUAUUACUUUCUUUAUAGUUCUAAUCAAUUAUGGGUUCAGUGAGUGAGUAAGUGA